AAGGGGAAAGUUUCCUUUUGCACCGUACUUACUUCGUUAAUCUUGCAGAUUUUAGUUUCUUUGCCGGUUCCUUAUGAACCUCUAGGUAGGUGACACACUGAACCUUAGUCCUGCAGAGCUGAGGAGGCUGUGGAAGUGACAAUAUAUAUAUAUAUAUAUAUUGGUUCCAGCUGCCCUGUAUCCGUUACACUCCAGAACUUUCAAUAUGCGCUACUCAAAUGCGUUUUUGAAGCUCACAAGUAAGCUGCUGCAAUCAUCUGUUCAUGUUGCCAAGCCACUUUAUACAUCACCUUUUCGAGCACGAUCUCUACUAUCAAAUUUGGAUCUUCAGAGUUACAAAUUCUACUCUGUACAAUCUACAGAUGAGGCAGACUUCGAGAUUGCCAGAAAAUGGUAUUCUGAGUUCAAUGAUUCUACCAUUUCCAGAAAGAUAGCCAAAACGCACUAUACCGCGGCCGGAGGUGCUGGUGGUCAAAAAACAAACAAGUACGUCGAGGUUCUUGGAUUCCAUAUGUAAAAGCUCCCAAGUACUGAUUACAUCUAGAACAGCUUCAAAAGCGAAUACAGUUUGGUCAAUGAAGGACCUCGAUGCCAUUCUACCAUCGAUAAUAUCAAAAGGAUUACGCCGCGGCACACACUAUGUAAAAAACACUGAUGCAAUUCAGAUUCAGUGUGAUAGUAGUCGUAAUCGUACUGAUAAUCAGGAGGAGACACAUCGAAGGUUACAUGAAGAAAUCAAGAGCAUAUACAAUACAACAGUUCCGGGGAAAGCUUCCAUUGAGCAACAACAGAGAGUUAAGAACUUGUAAGUCAUACAUUUCUUUCAUUUCGUGCACUUUUAGGCAGAAUCCAUUUAUGAGGUUCUUCCUUCCCCUCUAGAGUGAGAUCGCCCCAAGAAGGGGUUAAGAAGUUCUUCCAAGCAACCAUAUGAGUGAUAAGGAGAUCGGGAAGUUCAUUCAGAAGGUGAUGAAUGACAAGGAAGAGAAAAAGCGAAUUCAACGGAAGUUGGAGGCUGAAGCCCGUCAUCGAGCUAGAACAGGUGAUGGCAAGUGAACUUUAGCAUCUAGAUGUGAGGCUCUACAACAGCGGCGCAACUGGAUGAAUUUGAGGUGUUGCCACCUUUUUGACUUCAUUGGAAUGUGCUAACAUAUGCCUCGUAGACAAACAUCGGCCAAUCUAGCAAGAUUGAGAAUGAAAAAGCAACAUGGAGAUAAAAAGAAGUCAAGAAGUGGCGGAAAAGGUGGUGGAGACUUUUGAAGAUUUCAUUGCAUGGUUAUCGUUUUAAUGCUCAGCUAUCUUUGAAGAGUUUACCGAGUACAAUACGGAUUGGCUCACGGGAUAAAGAGGCAUAAGUCUAGUACCCUACUUUCGGACCACCCUUUUACAUCAAAAAUAACGAUUUUCACCUAUUAAUAUUUCAACAAUUAAUAAAUCAAAUCAAUCGAAAUUUUAAUUAUAGAUUUAUUAUAUGA